AUGCUGCCAUCAUCAUUCGGUCUCCUGGCCGGUCUCGCCUUUUCCCAACUGAUCCCUGCAGCAUCUUCCGCUGCCGCACAAGUCCCUCUCUAUCCCACGAGCCACACAGAAGGCUACAAAUUCGAUCCUCUUCACCACCUCCCAGGUAUAUCCCCCUACUUCGACGCCAUAGGCUUUGGCCUCGACCAUGGACCUCCCAGACACUGCGAAGUGACAGCAGCGUCGUACCUGGUUCGUCACGCGGCCAUCUACGCCAACGAGAAGGAUUAUCAGCGCUACAUCGAGCCCUUUCUCAAGAAACUUGAAUCUACAUACGCAGUCUCGUCAAGAAAGAAGAGAGAGGGCUGGAGAGGCCCAUUAGCAUUCUUCGACAAGUGGAAAAGCCCGAUCGAUGACAAUCAGUUGGAGGAGAUCACCCCGCAAGGAAUCAAAGACUCGAAGAAAGUCGGCAAGCACCUACUUUCGAGAUAUCCGACCCUGGUGCCGACAACGAAGAGGAUCUUUGCGGAUACGAAAUCCAGGACGCAAGAUACCGCUGUGGCGUUCGUGAAGGUGUUCCCGCAGAAGGUCGAGAUCGAGGAGAUCAGUCCCAAUCGAUCGUCUUUCCACUCGCAGAAUCCGCAUAAGGCUUGCGAUGCAUUCUCGAAGAAGCCUGGUGACAAGGAGAUGAAGACUUUCAUGUCGAGGUACACCGCACCUAUCAUUGCCCGCUUGCAGCGCCAUUCUCCGGUCGACCUGACCGAGACGGAUAUCAUGGGCUUGCAGCAACUGUGUGGAUACGAGAGUGCGAUCACGGGAAAGAAGAGCGAUACCUGUGACGUAUUCACCGACGACGAGUGGAUGUCUUACGAAUACGCCUGGGACCUCAAGUACUCGUACAUGGUGGGCCACGGCAACCCCCUGUCACCGUAUCUCGGCUUCCCCUGGCUCAACACCACCUCUCAGCUCAUGGAGAAGUUCCACAGCCCUCGGCACCGUGAUGCGCUCGGCGGAGACGUCCCCGACGAUGAUGGCCAGCGCUUCUUCCUCGCUUUUACUCAUCGUGAAGUGCCACCCUUCAUCGCGACGGCGCUGGGUCUCUUCAACAGCUCCAACGCGCUCGCCGAAGAGUUCCCCACGGACAGGAUCAACUGGAACCGGUCCUGGAAGAUGGCAGAGCUCAUCCCGUUCCUGGGCCACGUCGGCAUCGAGAAGCUCACGUGCAACUCCGUCAGCGCCGAGCCGGCAGAUGAGCAGGAGUAUAUCCGGGUGAUUGCGAACAGUGCUCCGAGACCGAUCCCGGGGUGUGAAGAUGGGCCCGGGGCGAGCUGCAAGGUUGACCAGUUUGUGGAGAAGAUCCGGAGGGGCAUGGAGGAGUACGGCGAUUUCGACGGCGUCUGCGGGAAUGACCAGGAGUGA